GGAUGUGGCGGCGGGUGGCAGUGGCGGCGGCGGGACGGGGCCUGCCGGGGAUGGCGGGGCGGCGAUGGCGGAGCGGGGCGGGCAGCCCCGAGCGCGCCGCUGCCGAGCGGGCCCCGAGGAUCUACACGAGGACGGGAGACUCAGGAUUCUCCAGCACCUUCACCGGGGAGCGGCGGCCCAAGGGCGACCGGAUCUUCGAGGCCCUCGGAGCCACUGACGAGCUGAGCUCGGCCAUAGGGCUGGCUGGUGAGUUUAGCAGUGAAAAGGGUCACACGUUUGUUGAUCAACUUCAUAAAGUCCAGUGCAUGCUGCAGGAUGUGGGCUCCAACAUUGCCACGCCACUCUCCUCAGCCAGGGAGGCUCACCGCAAACGAACAUUGUUCAGUGAGAAGCCCAUCCUGGAGCUGGAGCAGUGGAUUGACAGCUACUCAGAGCAGCUGCCUCCCCUCAGAGCCUUCAUCCUGCCCUCUGGAGGCAGGAGCAGUGCUGCUCUCCACUUCUCCCGAGCCGUGUGCCGCAGGGCUGAGAGGUGCGUGGUCCCUUUAGUCCAAGCAGGGGAAGCAGAUCCAAACGUGGCCAAGUAUUUAAACAGGCUCAGUGAUUAUCUCUUUGUCCUGGCACGUUAUGCUGCAAUGAAGGAAGGGAAGGAAGAGAAAAUCUACAUAAAACCUGAGCCCUAGCUGGGAGCUGGAGUGUUUUUCCCUUGAUCGUGGAAAACUAAAUCCAGUUGACUGCGUUUGUCCAUCAAGGAAGGGAGAGAGAACAAGCCUGGAUGGGAAAUGGGAGCUGCCAAGGAUUUCCAUGUGAAAAAAACAGGACCCUGUUGAUAAAUCCUGAGAGGAACAGAAUCACAGAAUAUCCUGAGUUGGAAGGGACCCAAACACACCUGUUCCAUUCCCUGGGCCUGGCCCGCACAUCCCAUGUGGGGAUGGCUCUGGAGUCACUGCUUCUCCCUGGUGGGAGUUGAGGCAGGAGAAUUCCAUAACAUUUUGGAGAUGCCUUCAUUUCCCUGGGCAGCAGCAGGUGCUGUGGGAAGGCUCUGACAGGACUCUGAGGGAUGAUGAAGGGAAAACAAUCAGGAAAACAAUCAGCUCCUCCUUUGAAGUCACAGUGCUCGUAUGGAGCAGCAGCUGGAGGCAUUUGGGAAUUGUGUCCACAGCUCUGAAAUAAUAAAUGUGAAUUUCCUUGUACCAAA